UAUGAUGAUCGCUAUGGAAACACUCGCCUCUAUGUUGGUCGCUUGUCAUCUAGAACUCGUGCCAGAGACCUUGAACGUCUAUUUAGCAGAUACGGAAGGUUUCUGGGGGUUUGCCUAACCUGGAGAUGUUUGAUGAAUGGGUGGACUUGGUGUAAUUGGUGGAAAUUCUCGUCUGGUGUAUAGAGGGUGCAUCGGCAAUUUUGUUUGUUGAUUUAUUGCAUGUUUUUAUUGGAAAUGGCCUCAAAUCUCAAAAAUGGUGUUUGGAAGUUCCUUAAGUAAUGAUGGCCUUGAUUUUCUGGCAACAAUUUCCGCAGAGUACGUGAUGUGGAUAUGAAGCGUGAUUAUGCCUUUGUUGAAUUUAGUGAUCCUCGUGAUGCUGAUGACGCAAGAUAUUACUUGGAUGGACGGGAUUUCGAUGGAAGUCGCAUCACUGUGGAGGCAUCAAGAGGGGCGCCUCGUGGUUCUCGGGACAAUGGUAGCAGAGGCCCUCCUCCUGGUUCUGGUCGCUGUUUUAAUUGUGGUGUUGAUGGUCACUGGGCCCGAGACUGCACAGCAGGAGACUGGAAGAAUAAAUGUUACCGCUGUGGAGAAAGAGGACACAUCGAGAGAAACUGCAAGAACAGUCCUAGUCCAAAGAAGGCCAGGCAGGGUGGAAGCUAUUCCAGGUCACCAGUCAAAUCCCGCUCCCCUCGUCGCCGAAGGAGCCCAAGCCGUAGCCGUAGUUACAGUCGAGGUCGCAGUUACAGUCGAUCGCGAUCCCCAGUGAGAAGAGAGAAAAGCGUAGAGGACAGAUCACGCAGCCCUAAGGCAAUGGAGCGAUCUUUGUCACCUAAAGGCAGGGACCAAAGCCUGAGCCCAGACCAAAAAGUGACAGAUGCGAGCCCAAAGCGUGGAUCAGAGUAUGAUGGUAGUCCAAAAGAGAAUGGUAAUGGCAGGAACUCUGUGAGUCCCAUUGUUAGAGGUGAUGAAAGUCCUGUUGGACUUAAUGGUCAAGACAGGAGUCCCAUUGAUGAUGAGGCUGAGCUUAACCGUCCUUCCCCUAAAGGCAGUGAGUCACCUUGAUGGCACACAGGUUAAAGCUCUAUGAAGCAUUGUGUACUGAUGGAUGUUGUUUCCUUCUUUCCCUUUCUUUCUGCUUGACACUUUCCUUUUGGUUGCGUUACAAUACUGGAUUUACUUUCUUUGUUGACUUUUGGUUUGUUUUUCGACAACUUUCCAACUCUGUGAUGUUACUUUUCAUUGUUUAGUAACAACGCUUGAUGAAGUACCUCA